CAACUGUCUUCCAGCCCGCAGCGGAGUGAGCUCAGGGGCAGCCCACUUCUGGGCCUGGCUUCCUUCACUCAGGCAGUGAGCUCCAGUUCCAGCCACAUUGUGGGAACGUGGCCAGGCUUCCCGGCAAAGAACAAAGAGGAAGUUUCCGUCGUGCAGCAGGUGCGGUAGCUGCCGGCUCAGCCCAGCGGCCGGGGGCGCAGGAAAUGCUGGGAUCAGAGGCGAGGCUCCUCCCAUCCAAGGAAACGAAACCAGCAGCUGUCCAGCUUCUGCUGCGCACGGGAGCCCCCGGGGCAGUUGGGCCACGGCUACCUGCAGCAGGAUGGAGCUCGCCAGUACCCCAGCCAGACUUCUGGACAAGUUCAUUGAGGACCAUCUCCUGCCGGACACCCGUUUCCGCGAGCAGAUCAGGGAAGCCGUGGACAUCAUAUGCACUUUCCUCAAGGAGAGGUGCUUCCGAGGGGCCACCCACCGCGUGCGCGUCUCAAAGGUGGUGAAGGGCGGCUCCUCGGGCAAAGGCACGGCCCUCAGAGGCCGAUCGGAUGCUGACCUGGUCGUCUUCCUCACGAACCUCACAAGUUUUCACGAGCAGCUAGAGAAGCGGCUUGAGUUCAUCCGGGAAAUUCGCUCGCAGCUGGAAGCCUGCCAGAGAGAGAAGAUGUUCGAGGUGACGUUUGCCCUGACGCGAUGGUCCAACCCCCGCGUGCUCAGCUUCGAGCUGCGCUCCCGCCAGCGACCGGAGCAGGUGGAGUUUGAUGUGCUGCCUGCCUUCGACGCUCUGGGUCACGUGACCAGAGGCUACAGGCCACGCCCCCAAGUCUAUGUGGACCUCAUCCAGGAGUGCACCGCCCUGGGCAAGGAGGGCGAGUUCUCCACCUGCUUCACGGAGCUGCAGCGGGACUUCCUGAAGCAGCGCCCCGCCAAGCUCAAGAGCCUCAUCCGCCUGGUCAAGCACUGGUACCAGAUGUGUAAAGAGAGGCUUGGGAAGCAGCUGCCACCACAGUAUGCCCUGGAGCUACUGACCGUCCACGCCUGGGAGCACGGGAGUGGCCAGACAGAGUUCAACACGGCCCAGGGGUUCCGCACAGUCCUGGAGUUGGUCACCCGUUACCAGCACCUGCGCAUCUACUGGACGGUGUACUACGACUUUGCUGACCCCAGGGUGGGCCGCUACCUGGCCCGGCAGCUCGCCAAGCCCAGGCCUGUGAUUCUGGACCCGGCCGACCCCACGGGAAACGUGGCCACCGGGAACCGAGAAGGCUGGCGGCGGCUGGCACAAGAGGCAGGCGCUUGGCUGACUCGGCCGUGCUUCCAGAACUGGGAUGGCUCCAGGGUGUCCUCCUGGGACGUGCAGCCCGAAGUGCCUGCAGCCGCUGGACAGGCCGAGGACAGCGGGAUGUGCACCACCUCUUGAGUACCUGCACCGCGCGGCGGGAAGGGCUCCGACCUCCGACCUCCCCAGACCAGCCCGACAUUUCCCGCACAUCCCAGGCUCCCGCCCCCUGCCUUUCCCAUGCCCCUCUGCCUUUUCCCCGACACAAGUGCCCUUACCCCAAGCCGAGGACAUCCUGCGAUUGGAGAGGAGGGCGGAGUCGCGGCCUUGCCUCCCUGCUCUGCGCCCCGUGGGAGGGCCAGGGCCAGCCUAUCAGCUGUACCAAUAAAAAUCACAGUGAUUGCCACGUAGCGGUGUUUAUUAGCUU